AGUGGAGGGAAUCUUAAGAUUUGCUUUAUUCUUUUUUAUUUGAUUUUUGUAAGAAAGAAAAGGAAACAUGUUAUGGUGUCUUAUCCGCUACUUUCUUCGAGACCUCGCGGUCAUUAUAAUCUCCAUUUUUGUAUGCCUCUCUUUAAAAGUAAUGCAGAAGAACAAAACCCGCAAAAAAAUUGAUUUAAAUUUCAGAGAGCCUGGAAAAGAGUACACAAAAAGGUAUGUAUGUUCUAGAUCUAUGCAAGUUUUUUAAAAAAUUGCUGUUCUUAUCCGCCAUUUCAUCCACAUUUUACUUUUGACGAAAUCCCAUGGACUCUGUUCUUGAUGGGUCGUAUUGAUUUCUGGGUUUUUGAGAUGAAAUUCACUUGGAUUCACUGGGUUCGCCUGAAAUUUCUGUUGUUCGAAGGAUUUCUUGCUGGAAUUUGAUUAGAAGGCUUUUCAAUGUUAUGAUUUUGAAUUCAUUUUAUGAGGGCUUUGGCGAACAUUCAAAGAAUGUUUUUCAUUGGCCACAAAAAAUGGAAAUACAAUGGACCAUUUUGUUUAUAUCUUCCCAGUUCGACAGUUUCUCUGAUAUAUAUAUUUAUAUAUAUAUACAGGAUUUGAAACGGUCGAGAUUAUUCAUUCAUUCUGUAUCGAUUCGCAUUGCGCCAAAUUUCCGCCUCCUGGAUUGGUUCAUAAUGCGAAACGGUUAGAUUAAGCGAUAAUCUGGUUUUUCUUUUGCAGUUUUGUAGAUCUUCGUUCUUCAGCUUCGCAAAUCAAUUAGGUUUUCGUAACCCUUCUCUUAGUUUUUGAUUUCCGCGAGAACUUUUACGAAGGGAUUUGAGAGAAAAUCAUGGGGCAUUCGGCGCCGGUUUGGGAUUGCAGAGCCGCGAUUGAGAUUACGAAGGAUUGGAACGGCAUUGAUCAAGUUGUUCUUAGAAAUCCCAAAGGAGCUUCCGCUAGGAUUAGUUUACAUGGAGGACAAGUUUGUUCAUGGAGAAACGAUCAAGGGGAAGAACUUCUCUUCACAAGUAGUAAGGCAAUCUUUAAGCCAGCAAAAGCUAUGAGGGGAGGAAUUCCAAUAUGUUUCCCACAGUUUGGGAACUGUGGAACACCAGAGCAGCAUGGGUUUGUCAAGAACAAGAUCUGGACAAUCGAUGAAAAUCCACCGUUAUACAUGGCUGACCUCGACGGGGCGUCCUCCUUCGUCGAUUUACUAUAUAGAUCUUCAGAAGAGGAUUUGAAAUGUUGGCCCUAUAGUUUUGAGCUUCGGCUUCGGGUGUCUCUACGAUACGACGGAGACCUGAUUUUGAGGUCUAGAGUUAGGAAUAUCAAUGGAAAACCAUUUGCAUUCUCAUUUGCCUAUCAUACACACUUGGUGGUUUCGGACAUAAGCGAGGUGCGAAUCGAAGGCUUGGAAACGCUCGACUUCUUGGACAAUCUAUGUCACAAGGAGCGGUUUACAGAACAAGGAGAUGCCAUAACCUUUGAAUCUGAGGUCGAUCGAGUGUAUUUGAAUACUCCGAAUGCAAUUGCCAUACUUGAUCAUGAAAGGAAGCGGACUUACGUGAUCCGAAAGGAAGGAUUACCGGAUGUUGUUGUUUGGAAUCCGUGGGAGAAGAAGUCGAAAGCAAUGGUGGAUUUCGGGGACGAGGAAUAUAAACAGAUGGUGUGCGUUAACGGAGCGGCAUUGGAGAGACCGAUCAUGUUGAAGCCUGGUGAGGAAUGGAGAGGGAAGAUGAAACUCACUGUUGUUCCCUCGAGUUUCUCUCUCGACUUGUAGAGGAGAUGGAACCGAGACGGGGGACGAGACAGCACGGGCAGACUACUUUUUUAAUGUGGGUGAUGCUGUGCUGUGUUGAAAAAUAAAGAUCCUUGUAGUAGAAAUUGAUGAAAUUAGGAAGGAUGUUGGGCUAUAUCGUUGCAAGCCACUCGUGAUGUUUUUUAAGGAGUGGCUUGGCUGCAUUUCCCCCACUUAACGAACUAUCUUCUUGUUUUUAGAGGAAGAAAGGGUGAAUUCAUUGUUUU